AUGUCAAUGUCAGAAGCCAAAUUAAAGCGCCUGGCCCACGCCGAAUACUGGGAUGAACGCUACGCCAAGGUCGGCCCCGAGGAACAAGUCCACGAAUGGUUCCGGUCGUUCGAUGACCUGGCGCCAUUCUUCGACCGGCACCUUCUCCAGGUGCGGCCGCCCGAAACCCAGCCAAAGAUCCUGCACCUGGGGUCCGGAGACAGUACUAUACCCGGGGACCUCGCGAAGAGGGGGUACAACAACCAAGUCUGUAUUGACUUCUCGCCCGUCGUUGUCGAAACCAUGUUGAAGCGACAUGCAGAUGCAGGUGUCGGGGGCAUUACCUGGCUGCACGGCGAUGUUCGACAGAUGGACCAGAUCGCGUCCCGAUCGGUGGAUGUUGCGUUCGACAAGGGCACGUUGGAUGCCAUGAUCCACGGCAGUCCGUGGAGUCCGCCGGACGAGGUCCUUGAGAAUACGGGGCGGUAUGUUCGUGAGGUCUUUCGCGUCCUCAAACCGGACGGCGCGUUCAUGUACGUCACGUACCGGCAGCCUCACUUUGUCAAACCGCUUCUCAACUGUGAGGGGACUACGUGGGACAUCCACGUCGACGUGCUGGCCGGUUCGGAGAGCUCCUUCGAUUACCACGGCUUUGUGCUCAAGAAGGUCCCCCCCUCAUCGGCGGGUAACGGCAGGACAGAGAAAGGAGACUCCAGUUAA